UCCGGCAAGACAACCGAAACAUGGCGGCGUAAACAUUUGGCUGAAAAAGCCAAAGGAUUUUUAACAUGUCUAAAAGCGGAGAACCCAUGGAUGAGAGCGUGUUGAUACCCACCACUGGUAAGUGGAUAUGGAAGGAAGAUCCCACCAACCCAGAUAAACCACCUUGUUUAGAAUUUGCAAGCAAUUAUGCUUCCACAGAUAAACAAGAUAAAAAUAGGAGAAGAGGUAAAGGAGGAGGCAUGCAAGUACAAGAUUUUAUGGGAGGCAAAAGAAAUGACAGAGCUACCCCAAGUAUAGCAAGCAGGCCUUAUGCAGUAGGCCGCGGAAAGGCAAUCCAGUCAUCUAGGUCACCCAAACCAAGCAAGCCAUCAGCAGUACACACCGAGGUGACACUUACAGAUGUGAAAUUGGUUGCUAUGGAUCUGUUGCAGCAAGAUAUGUUGAUACUGUCAGAAAAAAAUGGGAAGGACCAAGAUAUAUCAGACAAUUUUGACAAUGAAAAAUAUGGCCUUCUGUGGUCAGAAGCAUUUGAUGACUUCCUAAUGUAUCUGCUCAAUUACUUCCAUUGUUAUUUUGAAAAGAAGAAUCAAGAGGAAAAGAAAAAUCCUAAUUACAUAGAACCCAGCUUGUCUGAAAAGAAAGCAUAUGAAGAAGCCUGUCAGAAACUCCAGGUUGCACAGAAACACCUUGGCCAGUCGUACUGUGUUCUUAUUUUGGGGCUGGAUAUGCAAUUUCAGCACCACAUGGCUUGUGGGAGUUCUCGUGUGUCUACUACACGCACAGACAGAGUUCUAUAUGAGAAUCUGUACAAUUUCUGCAUUUUCUUCACAUGGGUAGCAUUCAGACGAAAAGAUCUAAACAGCAUUAAGGUGGAACUUGGAAGGAUGCUGCGAUCUGAUACAUUCAAUCCAGCCAUCAGAGUGAAAUAUGCACCAGACUCUGUGGAACCCUCUGCAGAUGACAGUGACAAAGAGAAAAAGACGCCGGAGGAAGAAAAGAAAUUAACACCUGCAGAGUACAGAAGACUUCAUCCAAAAAGACCUGCAAUUAAAAGUAUAAUCAAUCAGCGAUCACCAGCCUUGGUAUCAAUUCUACCAUCUCCAAAUGAAGAAGCAAACUGGUUAUUUAGAAGACAGAGACCUCUAUCUCCAAAAACACUUGGCAGUAUCGGGAAGGAAGAAACAGAUGAACUGGAAGAAGAUUUUGUGUCUUUUAGUAAAGCAAAUUUCAAGAUGGGCAUUAUUGGUGAACCAUUCAGUAACUUUAAUCAUCUGACUCUGACCCCACUGGGAGCUGAAAAUGAUGAAGAGAAUGAGGCAGAGGAGGGGAGGGAGUCCCAGGUUGGAUCAGCAGGUCAAGAUAAAGCAUCACAACCAGAUGCAGGCAGCCGUAUGGGGACUGCAAUGUCUCAAGCAACAACAGAGGCCCCUGAUGAUGACUAGAUAAUGGGAACAAUUUGUAAAAAAAUUACCACUAACCAGAACACCCAAGCAAGGUUUCACUCCCACAGCGUUCAGCGUUUGUUGCCAUCCAACCACUUAUUAUACAUUUUUUGUUUCUCAUUACUCACAUGCUCGUUGAAGGAGUACUGUAUCAACAUAGCCACACUCGUUUUUAUGUUUUAUUGGGUAAUUAAUAAAAAAAAACUUUGUAACGAUUUGAAGAGGCGCGGCUUUAAAGACAUCGAUGGUGUCAGUAUAAAAAUGACUUUAAUUCUGAACUGCUUGAAAUAUAUAUAUGUAUAUAUUAAGUCAAAAAGAUAUCUAGAGUAAAGCUGUCCAAUUUUUUUCGUUAAGACAUUUUAUAUUAAUGUUCACGAGAUGAUUUAGCUACAUGGUAUGGACUUAUAAAACAGAAAGUUUUGAUAAUUGUUAUUUACUUUCAAAUUCACCAAAAGGCCACACUAAAGGCCAAUGAGAAAAUUGAAAUG